CAUCAUCUACGCAUUUCUUCUCUCUCCUCUUCUCCGAAAGGCGAAGAAAUAUUCCAGAAGCCAAGAGAUAUCAUCCGACGGCUUCUCGGCGGUUGAAGAUCUGGAAGACCUCGUUCGCCGGUUCAAUUGUCGCUGCGGCGCCGGCGCAUUCGGUUGUGUGAAUAAGACUUGGAGCGGAGGGGGAUUUUUGCCAGGAUUUCUGGUGGAGUUAUACGUGUGCGCCAGUUUUUGUGAGAUUUCACCAUCGGAGGGAGGUUAAUCGGUUGAAAGGUGGAGAUUUAGGUUUUUUUGGAGCGUUGAUAUACAGGUAUAGCGAAACCCUAAGUUUUUUGAUAAUCUGCGUGAUUUGUGCUUUGGUUGUUUUUCUCUUGUUGUCUUCACCGGCGUGUGGCGAGUAAUCUGCUUCUCGGUAGCAAGAUCUGUGGUCUCCGACACACUCUCUAGCUUUUUCUCAUCCGGAUUUGAGUUGUUCAAGAUCUGAAUCUGUUUGUUUCUUCGGCAAAGUCUUCGUUCGGCUGAGCAUAUGAAGUUGCAACUUAAUGAGAUUUCGGUUGAAGGAUUUGCGAUGGACAUGUUGAAUUCAAGGAUGGAUUUCCACAUGUUCUCCUGCUUUUUCCCGUUAAUUGCUUGUCGCAUCCUGGUUAAAUGCAUAAUGUACGCCUGGAAAUGUGGCCCAGAUCGGGAUCUGGCUGAAGGAAAUCAUUUUUAAACUAACCACGGAGGAGUUGUUGUCUGAUUUGCUCGGCGUUCUGUUGUCGCAAGAUUUAUUUGCAAAAAAAACUCUCCGGUUGAAGAUUGAUGUAUGCUGGAGAUUUCUUCAAAUUUCAGAAAACUUGCUACAGAAACUUGGAACUUUUUCCUUGUUUUUUCUUGCGUGUCUUACCCCUUAGAUCUAGAUCAUAACAAAAUGCUGCCAUCCUUCUGCUAAGUCUUGCUUUAAGAUGGAUUAAUUCUUUAAUCCGUUCCUUUUAUACUGGGCACUGCAUAUGAUUUGAAGACUCUCUGAUGAUAAUUUCGGAUUAGAUCUUGUGUUCAUUAUCUAUGCUCACCUGAAGGUUGCAAGCUAUCAAUUUAAUGGGCGAGAGGCCAUUCAAACCCUUUCUAUCGUCAUGAUUUAAUGGUUCACCUAAGCAUCUAGACAUUCUACUUUUGAUCUGCCAUGUAAAUAAGCAAAAAAGAACCGAGAGCUAUAUAUCAGGAAUUUUAUGUGGAACUAAAAUAUACUACAAGAAUGAUGUGCUUAUGUGUAUGAGAGCUAUAUAUGUUUUACAGUAUCGCCUUUUGCUAGUGAGCUCGUUUUUGUGAAGGUUCAAAGAGAUUACUGUUUAUGACCUAUGAAUUGUUCUUCCAGUUGAUCCGGGACUGUGCAAGUUUGUUGAAUCAGAAAGCAGGGAGUGAAUUUGGUGGAUUCAUCGUGUAUGGGAUAGAGCCCACAUCUGCAAAAUAUUGCUAAGUGCGGGUAAGUUAUGAACUCCACCAAUCCAGAAUUAAGUUGGAAACCAGUGACGAAAGGGCGACGCACACAGAAGUCAGUUGCCAGAAGCUUGAAUAGUGUUGUAAAAGCAGGAAAUUCUAUAAGCCCCAAAAGAGUUGGAGAUUUCUCAGGGUCUGAUUCUGACAAGUUCGGCGAAGUGAUUAUUGGACAGGCAACCUCUGGAAAAUCAGAAAAUGUUCCUCUCAAGAAAAGAAGGCAUUUACUUCAAUCACCAUCACCUCAUCCCUGGACAUCCUCUCUACACAAUCAAGAUUCUGCUCCCAAGAGAACACGCUCUUGUUCACCACUUUUGGAAGAUCACGUGCAACUUCAGUAUCCUAACUGUUCCUCAGGGGACUUCUCGGGAAUUGAACUUCUUGCAGCGGCUGCUAGCAUGGAUGCUGACAUCGAUGAUGCAGAUAAAAAGGAUAUUGUUCCAAAUGACACUACAAUCCAAAAGAACUCUGAUGCAUCAAGUCCUGCCACUCUGUCUGAACAAGGUUUAAAAAAUAACAAGCCAUCUUUGAGUAACAUUGAUGUCCUUGGAGCUAAGGUCGAGUCCCAAGGUGACAAUUCUGCUGCUGCUUCACGGAGCUUGCUAACUGGCUGCCUAGAGGAUGACACCAUGCCAAAGGUAAGCCGAGAGUAUUGGGAUUUGAAUACUCCAAUGGAUGCUUGGGGCGAACCAUGUGAUGAUUCAAUUGCUGGGGGCACUGUAAAGGAUGUCAAUGAAGGCAUGCAUGAGGAAGAGAGUGAGAACCAUUUUUCAGAUCAGUUACUAGCUAAGCCGACUGGCACUCCUGUUCAGACAUCAAGUCUAAAAGUAGUAGAAGAUAAGUCAACAGCAGUUUCAGAAGAUGGAAUUUGCAGUGUGCCUCCUCUCGAUCAAAAUUUGCAUGAACCACCAAAUGUGAUCUGUCCUCAUAUUGUCAGAGAUACUUCCCAUCAAUCUUGUGAAGAGGAUCCUAGUUAUAGAAACUCAUUUCAGGCUUCUAAUUGUGCAUCUGAAAUGAAAACAUUGAAACAAGUAACAAGCUCGGAUGUCAUUGUCGGCAGUUCUCCUUUCAGUAUGCUAGUAUCUGAAGAUAAAAACAAUGCUACUAUGUUACGGGAUGAAGAUUCUUCUUGUAACAUCAGUGAAUGCGAGAGAAGUGCAGCUCUAGAUGUAAGUCAUGCUGGGACUCUUGAAGUCAAUACUCAUGACACAACCGCUUCUGAAUCUGCGAUUGUUGUCCAGCCUAAAGAUAUGGAAGUUUUCAAGAGGACGUCUGAAUUACCUGGCACCUUUACUAUAGAUGCUCAACCUAUUGCAAGUACUGAUUCAAAUAAACAAAUUGAUGGGUCCCUUCUUUCGAGUUCUACAAAAGCUGAUUGCAAGCAGUACUCAGAAGUAGCUGAACAUGUUAUUGAGCAUGACGAGGAUAGUAAUCUUCCCAAAUCACAAUCGAAGAGAGCUGUGGUCGAGGAUACUAGCAAGAGUUGUAGUGCUGGAACAAGAAGUAAAGGACCCACUACUGUUGAAACUAUUGGACUUGGGCUUGAAGGCCAACACAAUUCAGAUGUUUUUGGGGGCAACCAUGUUGAUGCUGUUGAUGGAGAUGACUCGACUGGUUUCAAGGAAGGGUAUGAUUCUCCAUAUGAGGAUGGGGAACUGAGGGGUUCUUGUUUGUACUCAUGGGAGGAAAAUGAGAUGGAAAAUGAGUCUGUUGACUAUGAAUCUGAUGGCAGGAAUGGAGCUGGUUCUGAUACUGCUGACUACUACCAUGGGUCUGAGAUAGUUGAAGGUGGUUCUGAGGGUUCCCAUGGAACUCAGAGAAAUUUGUCCCUGAAAUUAUCUCCAGAAGAUAAAAGUAAGAGUGGACCAGUUAAUCAUUCCUUGAAUGGCCAUAUUGCUAAAAAUGAGUCUGACAAUAAUGAGAUAGUUGGAAAGGGAUCCAAUGCUGGGUCUGGUUCUACAGUUGAACAGGGCGUGGAAAUGACAAUGGAGUCAAAUGAUGGCAUGCGAAGAUUACAGUUGCUUGAUCACAAAGAUGCUGUAAAGGAUAAGAAGGCAGCAUUGAAGAUCUGACUUGACAUAUUUUCUGUGGUAGAGAGUUUAGAUUAUGUGCAUCAUCAGCGAAGAGAAAUGAGGUUUCCUUUCCUCUUGAUGGCCCUUUUUAGGUAGUAGUUUCAUACCAGUUUCAACUUCUAUAGCACCCCAAGAAGCUAGUCUUUAUUUUGCUGAUUAUUUUUAUUGUUUUUUACAUUUUGGGAAUGGCCCCGUUUGAUUUUAGAACGCAGCCCCCUUUUGUUUGAUUUUCCAUUGUACAUCCUUUGGAAGAAAAAAAAGAUGUCUGCAAUUUUCCUUUCUUUUUGCAUUUUAAUAAAAAUUACGGUUUCGUAA